CUCUUCUUGUAAUAUUUUUUCCACAGGAGCAUUUCCUAGAGAAUGCAAAACUAUCAGAAAAUUAUUUUAUUUCCAACUGCGAAGACAUAUUGGUAAGUUUCUUCAAUCAUCCUUUACAUGUCUUAUUUCAAUUUUUAUUUCAUCUACAAGGACUAAUGGCAGUAUUGACCCCAGAAAGUUGCUGCUCUUGUUGAUCAAUUGCCUCUCGGGCUGCAUGAGAAGUAUCUUUUUUGUUUGAGGUAAUAUAUUACCUUCAAACUGCAGGAAGUUGCUUAGAAUAAUAAGUCUGUCCAGUCCAGUAAGCUUUUCUACCAGCUUGGUUGACCAAACAAUUCAGGUAGCAUAUGCCACGAACAACUUGAUCACAUUCUUAUUGUGUAGUAUUUAUGAUAUGCAGUCCAGUUGACAUGGAUGAUGAGAUUUCAGCUCAGGGUCUAACACAGUUUGCAGAAAAUUAUGCUAAGAAAGGCAUUGUUCAGCUUCGAGAAAUAUUUACAGCAGGUACACUUCAAGUGCCAAAGACACAGUCAAAUGAAGGAGCUUGAAUCCAUUCACCAGCUGCUUGAUCUCUAUAUUUGGUUGAGUUUUCGAUUUGAAGAUUCUUUCCCUGACCACGAGCUGGCAUCUUUGCAAAAGGCAGCAGACAGCAUUUGAGCGCCUUUUUUGUGUGUUGUUUCUACGGAUCUCCCUUCAUGUUGAUAAAUUGAUAUCUUAUGAAGGUGAAAAUGGCUUUGUUGUAGGUUAAUCGAAGAUUUCCUAGAAAGACUGGGCUGCUGGCCGAAGCCAAAUGCAAGAAAGCUAUCUACACGCUCUAGCUUAAACUCUCUAUUCUCCAAACACGUCUACAAGAGAAGGGCACUGGGAAGAAGUGAGAGGGAACUGUUAUGUUCUUUUUAAAAGAGUGGAGAAGAAAACAUCAAAUUGGAAAGAUUUUAAUCCAUUACAAAGACUCUGCUUUAAGGUUAGUGCAAAAAAGACUUUAAUUUUACCAACUCAAGAUACGAAAAUUAGAGGUUGAAUCAAAAGACAUAGUUACACAGGAACAAAAUGCAGGACAAAUCUAGCCCAAUCCAAUGGAAGAAAUGGUUGAGUUGAGACAAGUUGCCAAAGUUCUAAUUCCAGCUCAAACCCAAAGAAAAUUUUCGGGGGUGUGGGGUUCAACUUGGAUUUGAAAUUCGUGUGAUUUUGUUCACUUCAAGACUGUCUUUUCUUAACCAUAAAGAGAACAAUGCCCUGGAGCGAUGAGUAGUAUAUGUUUGACAAUUUUUCAUUUUAAAUUAGGAAAUAACCAAACUUUUUUUUUUAUUGGAGGAAAUAACCAAACUUAAAUUUGUAAAAUAUAUCUUCAAAUUCUUGGGUUGGAGAAAGGACAUUCAAGUUUCAAUUACAUGUAUUUAGAUCUUUGAAAUACAGAGAUCAAAAUGUAAGUAUUGAAAUGCACUUUUAUUAUGUAAAAACAAACAGUUCUUUUGAAU